AAAAAAAAAAUAGGGGUCCCUUUUGUUUCAUCCUGCUAAUUCUACAACAACAUAAACUGAAUCUAAUCUCUGUGUCCGAGAAGAGGACGGAGACAUGUCGCGACAAAGACCAGGGAAGGCUCCUCUGCCUCCAGCUGAAGUGAAUAUUGAGAAAUUGGAGAAUGUGAUAAAUGAGGGUAAUUACUAUGGAGCUCAGCAGAUGUACAAGUCUAUCAGUGCAAGAUAUGUAUCUGCUCAAAGACAUUCUGAAGCUUUGGACAUUCUUCACUCGGGUGCGUGCCUCCAGCUGAAAAACAGCCAGGUUACUUGUGGGUCGGAGCUUGCUGUGAUCUUUGUGGAGAUGCUUGUUAAAGCAAAAGUUCCUUAUGAUGAUGAUGUACUUGAUCGCAUCAGAAAAAUCUACAAGGCAUUUCCUCAGAUACCUUUGCCACAAGACUUGGGGGAAGAUGACGAUAUGCAACAACUCAAUGAAGCCCUUGGAGCCGCAAAAACACGUGUCGAGUGCUGCUUGUCAUUCUUAAAAGCUGCUAUCAAGUGGUCUGCAGAGUUUGGAGCUCAUAGGAAUGGAUCUCCAGAAAUACAUGUUAUGCUAGCUGAAUAUGUUUAUUCUGAAUCUCCUGAGCUGGACAUGACUAGAGUAUCAUAUCAUUUUGUUAGAGGCAACAACCCAAAGAAGUUUGCAUCUGCUUUACUAAAUUUUAUGGGCAAGUGUUAUCCCGGUGAAGAAGAUUUGGCUAUUGCACGAGCAAUUUUAAUGUAUUUAUCUAUGGGUAAUCUCAGAGAUGCUAAUUUUCUGUUUGACGAGCUAAAGAAACCUGCACAGUACAAGGAGCAUGACCUUCCGCAAUCAGAUUUGAUCCAAUUCAUCAAUUAUCUUCUGCCAACGUUGCAGAGAGAUGCUUUACCACUUUUUAAAGUGCUGAGAACAAAUUAUAAGUCAAGUAUAGACAGAGAACCUGCAUUCAACGAGCUGCUAGAUGAAAUUGCAGAGUUGUUCUAUGGAGUGCAACGUAGAAAUCUCUUGCAAGGGAUGUUUGGAGAUAUUUUCAAGUAAAUUUCUCAACAUCGAUACCCCUACCAUUCAACAACACAGAUGAUGGGCCGGUCACAACAUGAAGACAAAUUCAUUGUAUCGGCAACUAAACUGGUCCAGCAACAGGACAUUGUUGUUUCCCCAGAUGAAAUGAUCAUCUGUUUGAUGCGUUAGAAGCAUAAUUUGAAUGGUUGUAAAGUCCUUGUUUUCGAACAGUAGAAGAUCUCCUGCAAUUGACCAAAACUUUUAUCCUUGUCCCCAUAUAAAAAUUUUCCCUUCUCUCAUU